AUGAGGAAGAAGGGAAGAAAGGGGGGACGGAUUGAGCCAGACUUCAGUGGACCGUACACCAUUGAGGCAAUUAAUGGCAAACUUGCCACACUGGCCAAUUUGAAAGAAGGAGGUGGCACCCGAAACGAGGCCUGUCAGGCCUUCGGUUAUAGUUUAUGCACCUCCAUGCCAGUUAAUACUCUGUGGGCUUCAGAGGAUAAGGGCCACGUUCAAGCAGUUGUUGGCCCUUAUAAACUGUAUGAUACCUCCUUUCGCACCCUCGAAGGGACUAAUUGGCUGUCAGAUGAAGUUAUAGACGCAUAUUACAAAGUGCUUGUGAUGAAAGAGAAGAACACUCCUGUGCAUCAUAUCAAUGCUGUUGUGGCAUCUGCACUGUUUGUUCAUGGUAGAUUUGAGACUCUAAGAAAGAUGAAAUUCCCCACAGAGGAUACAUGGCUGUGUCCCCUAAAUGUCGGCGCUCACUGGAUUCUACUGGUCAUUCACAUUACACAAAGACAACUAGUGCUGAUCGACCCGCUGUCAAAUGAGGGAACAUAUCAGCGGAAAGUUCUCCGAAACUGGAGGAACUUCUUGAGGAGAGUGGAAAAAAUGGAAAAUGAAAAGUGGUCAAUUGCAACACUAGAGCACAAAAGACAGCAAGACUCUUGCAGCUGUGGGGUUUUGAUUUUAAUGUUUGCUGAAGCCUAUCUCCUCAACAGAGUCUUGAGCCACAUCGAAACCUCUCCAAAUGAAAUGGAAAAGGCUCGUUUUGCUGUGGCUUGCACGCUUCUACAGAAUUCGGAUAAAUAA